AUGGAGGGUCACCGAGGCGAGGCGCGGCUCUGCUUGAACCAAUACAGCCAGUCUAGCAACAAGCCCCUCCCAGACUUUCUCCUUCGGUUCGGGCUGAUGACUUCCCCUGGAAACCACUGCGCCUUCGACGACGCUGACGAUCAAGCGUUCUUCAGCUGGACAAGAACAGUCAAUUCCAAGGAUCUCAACGCCCACGUCCUAACCAAGGUCUGCGGAAUUACGAUCCACGAGACCACGCAGAGCGCGUACUACCCGGGAGACAUCACCGAGGAGGAGAUUUCCAUGCCCCCCAAUGGAAGAGGUUCCCUCCGUCUCGCCUACGGAGACCACUCUGUCGCGCUGCAACAUAUUCACGAGCAGAUCAAUCAAGCCAUGGAGUACGCGGCCAAUGACCUAGAGAGAGAUCUCCUCCGCGCAUACAACGAGAGUUUCCAGACCGGCAGCCUCGACAUGUACCGGGAAUCUCAACGAAUUUGGUACAACGAUAUCCGCCAGGAAUGCGGGUUCAAGAACGUUAUCAUCGCCAACCGCAUGGGCAUCGAAAGCCGAGCGAGGCAAUACCCUUUCAUCGACGCCUCGGAAGUCGAGACAUUUGCAAAGCAAAAGUUUCCGGCACACUACUGGUGGGUCGUGCUCCAUGAGCUGCUGGGACAUGGCACGGGACAGAUGAUGGUCGAAUGCGAGGAGGGCAAGUACAACUUAGACAUCAACAGCCCGCCCAUGAACCCCCUGACCGGGAAUCCCAUCACAUCCUGA